AUGGACACACUGUAUCCUAGCAGCCUGCCUCCAGAACUCCGGGUGAACGCAGAUGAGCCUCCAGGGCCACCUGAGCAAGUUGGACUUUCUCAAUUCCAUCGAGAGCCCGAAACUCAAAAUCCAGAGACCCUGGAAGACAUCCAGUCCUCUUCACUCCAGGAAGAAGCCCCAGCACAGCUUCCACGGCUCCCUCAGGAGGUAGAACCUUCAACCCAGCAGGAGUCCCCAGCUCUGCCUCCAGAGUCCUCUAUGGAGAGUCUAGCUCAAACUCCACUGAAUCAUGAAGUGACAGUUCAACCUCCAGGUGAGGAUCAAGCUCAUUAUAACUUGCCCAAUACCAUUAAACCUGCAGAUGUGGAGGUUACCAUGACAUCAGAGCCCAAAAAUGAGGCAGAAUCUUCCCAAGCCCAGAAGGAGGCCCCAAAUCAGCCUCCAGAGGAGGUGGAACCUUCUGCAACCCAACAGGAGGCCCCAACUGAGCCGCCAGGUCCUCCCAUGGCUGAACUUUCCCCCAGUGAGCAGGAGCAGCCAGCUCAGCCUUCUGAGUCUUCUGGGGAGGUUGAAUCUUCUCCAGCCCAGCAGGAGGCCCCAACUCUAGAUCCCCCUAAGGAGGCAGAACCUUCUCCAGUCCAGCAAGGGUUCCCAGCUGAGCCACCAGAGUCCCCUAAGGAAGUAGAACAUUCAAGGCAGCAAAUGGUCCCAGUUCAGCUUCCAGAGCCACCUAAGGAAUUUGCUGCUCAACCUCCAGCUCAUUAUGAGGUGACAGUCCCAACACCAGGCCAGGAUCCAGCUCAGCAUUCAACAUUGCCCAGUGUCACUGUUCAACCUUUGGACCUGGGACUUACCAUCAUUCUAGAAUCCACGACAGAGGUUGAACUUUCUCCAACCAUGCAGGAGACCCCAACUCAGCCUCCUAAGAAAGUUGUACCCCAAUUUGAAGUAUAUCAAGAGGUAACAAUUCCAACACCAGGUCAGGAUCAAGCUCAGCAUCCAAUGUCACCCGUUCAACCUUUGGACCUGGGACUUACCGUCACUGCAGAACCCACUAUGGAUGUUGAACAUUCUACACCCCUGAAGAGGACUAUAGUUCCUCCAAAGCACCUUAAGGUGACAAUUCCACAUCCAGACCAGAUUCAGACUCAGCAUUCACACCUGACUGAAGCCACAGUUCAACCUCUGGACCUGGAGCUUAGCAUAACUACAGAGCCUACUACAGAGGUUAAACCAUCUCCAACCAUGCAGGAAACCUCAGCUCAGCCUUCAGACCCGGGACUUGCCAUAACUCCAGAACCCACUACAGAGAUUGGACAUUCCACAGUCCUGGAGAAGACUACAGCUCCUCAUCCAGACCAGGUUCAGACUCUGCAUCGAAGCCUGACUGAGGUCACAGGUCCACCUACAAAGUUAGAAUCUUUGCAGGAUUCAUUGGUGCAGUCUGAAACUGCACCAGAGGAACAGAAGGCCUCCACAAGCACCAACAUAUGUGAGCUCUGUACCUGCGGAGAUGAGACUCUGUCAUGUGUUGAUCUCAGCCCAAAGCAGAGGCUCCACCAAGUGCCUGUGCCAGAGCCCAACACCUACAAUGGCAUCUUCACCACCUUAAAUUUCCAAGGAAACUAUAUUUCAUACAUUGAUGGAAAUGUAUGGAAAGCGUACAGUUGGACCGAGAAACUAAUUCUCAGUGAAAAUUAUUUGACUGAAUUACAUAACGAUUCAUUUGAAGGCCUGCUAUCCCUCCAGUAUUUAAAUCUGGGCUGCAAUUUAAUUACGGAACUGAGCCACGGAACAUUUCAGGCCUGGCACGGAAUGCAGUUUUUACACAACUUGUAAGUGAAAUAGAAGAUGAAUACGUGUAAACAACUAUUUUGUAUAAAAACUCAUACAAUUAUUGGUUAGUUGGAUAUAAGCCCAUUAUGAACUCUGAAAAGCGUGUCUUAAGAUCCAUUUGUUUUUCUCAAAUGGGGAAACUAAGGUACAAAGAGGCCAAGAGACUUACGCAGCUUAUAUAUGACGUGCUCUGCUUGUCCUAGUUCUGACCUAUGGCAUGGGCAAGAAAAGGCAUCAAACAAGUGACCCUCAAAUUAGCCUUGUUGCUGGGCGGGGUGGCUCAGGCCUGUAAUUCCAGAACUUUAGGAGCUGAGGGGGGUGGA